AUGCCAUCAUCGGCACUCUCCCAGCUCAAUGUCCUCGUCGAUACUCGGAAGGAUGAUACCGGACUUCCGGCUUUCAUGGUAUCGACGGAACGAGGCUUUCUCCCUCGUCAGGAACCUGUUGUCGAGCUUCCUACGGACUUCCAUGCUCUCGAGUCUAUUCUCACUCGCAUGCCAAUCGUUACUGCCUCUGGUACUCCGGGUCUCCUCGCUGAAUACAAAUUGGGCGAUACUGUCAUGAAGGAGCUCCCCGAUCUAUCCAAUGCCAUUGAGAAAUACCGCGACAACCUCCCUCUGAUGAACGCACUGUACAGGGACUAUUCAUUCUUGGCUUCUGCGUACCUACUUGAACCGUGUCAUGAGAGAUUUAUGCAAGGGCUCGAAUACGGGCUUGGAAGGCAGACCUUGCCUUCCGUAAUCGCGCUACCAAUCGUCAAAGUUGCUGAAAUCGCCGGCUUCAAGCCGUUCAUGGAGUAUGCUGGCUCUUAUGCACUCUUCAACUAUAAACUAGCGGAUGCUUCGCAAGGUCUUGCGUACGACAACCUGCGUCUAAUCCGCGCAUUCGAACGUGGGCUUGACCCUAGUUCGUCGGAAGCUGGCUUCGUUCUAGUACAUGUUGCCAUGGUGAAGAACUCAGGUGGUCUCGUCGAUGGGUCAAUCGGCGUCCUUGAUGGCGUUGCACAGUCAGAUCGAGAGAUGUUCAACCAUGGCAUGCGUAAAGUGGUAGAGGCACUGGACAAAAUUAACGCCGUCAUGAACACUAUGUGGGCAAAGAGCAAGCCUGCCGGUUACACCACUUUCCGAACAUUCAUCUUUGGCAUUACCAGCCAAUCUAUGUUCCCCAAUGGUGUGAUCUACGAGGGUGUGAGCGAGGAUCCUGUAAGCUUCCGUGGCGAGUCUGGUGCAAACGAUAGCAUGAUCCCACUGUGCGAUAAUCUGCUCCAGAUAAGUAUGCCAUCGACGCCAUUGACGGAGAUCCUAAAGGACUUCCGUGCCUACCGACCAGGUAAUCAUCGAGACUUUCUCGAAGGGGUUAAAACCAUGGCGGACAGCGUGGGUGUCAAGGACUUCGCCCUGAACGACUCCGAGUCAGCUGCCCUUUACCUGCGAGCUCUGGACCAGGUGCGCGAUUUUCGCUGGCGUCACUGGUGUUUCACCAGAGAGUACAUCCUCAAGAGGACAUCACACCCCACAGCCACAGGGGGAAGUCCUAUCGUUACGUGGCUUCCUAACCAGCUUCAGGCUGUGAUGAACCAGAUGAUCGAGUCAGCUAAAUUUUGCGCCAGUGUGGCAGGAACUCAGGAAAUUCUGUCGAAUGUGAUGACACAGCAUGAGACUCUGCAAAAGGAAGUGCAAAAAUACUGUGCGGAAAGGGGUGUGGCAGCUUCGUAA